AUGACGACAACAAUAGGUUCAAUUUUAACUGUUUCUUCGUAUUUUCUUCGAUCAAUCUGCUUUCUUCACAUCUCCCAUUCAUACAUUUAUGAGUUUACUGAGACAAGAGGGGAGUCUAUGCUACCAACAUUGGCUGUGCAGAAUGAUUACGUCCAUGUGGUGAAGAAGUAUAAGAACGGCAGAGGCUGCAAAUUAGGUGAUUGUAUAGUCGCUGUCAAACCAACUGAUCCAAAUCAUAGAGUAUGUAAGAGAAUAACAGGAAUGCCUGGUGAUUAUAUAUUAGUUGACCCUAGUGACUCGAUAUAUAGGGAGAAAAGUGAUUCUGAUGAACCCUUUAAUACUUAUAUAAAAGUUCCAAACGGCCACGUUUGGGUCACUGGUGAUAAUUUAGCCCAUUCACUUGAUUCAAGAACAUAUAAUUCAAUUCCAAUGGGGUUGAUUAAAGGAAAAAUUGUUGCUGCUAAUGACUUUAACCAACCAUUCUGGAACGGUUCAUUGUCAAAUAUAUUAGGGUUCAGAAAGAUACAGAAUACAUUCAUAGAUGAGGAAAGUUAA